AUGAAAACCCGACAGAACAAAGACUCGAUGUCGAUGAGGAGCGGAAGGAAAAAGGAGAGCGUGGGCCCACGGGAGGAACGGAGAGCGCGGGGGAGGGCGUCCCCGGGUGCCAUCAGCACAUCCAGCAGUGACAGCAAGUGUGAGAAGGGCCGACCACCUGCGAAGAAGGGCCGCAUGGACGACUCUGUCCCGAAGAGCAGUAAAAGGGAAAGGGUGAAAGAUUCCUCCGAGAGUGAAGGUGAAGCUGGGAAAACCCAGAAGAAAGCCAAGAUGGAGUCUCCAGAGGUUCCCCGUCCGCCCCCUGAAGAAGAAAGUUUGGAUGGACAGAGUGGUAAUGAAGAUGGUGGAAGUGACCCAAGGGACAUUGACCAGGACAACCGUAGCACAUCUCCAAGCCUGCAUAGUGGGGAUAGUGAGAGUGAUGCAUCUUCCAUUCCUUCGCCAAAAUCGUUUCCUUCCCUGUACAGGGGUCCUGGGUCACCCCAACCUCCUGCUUCACCGGUUCCUGAUCCCCCUGUUCUUCCACCCCCCUCCCAGGCUUCUCAACCCACUCUGCAGACUGAACCUCAGAAUUCAAGACCGUACCAGGCUCCUCAACUUCCACAGCUAUAUCCUAGCCCUGGUGGGAUGGUCAAAGCUGGGCCUACACCAACCUCUCAAGCCAAACCUCCACCCACCACACCUAUAGUGGGACUUGGUUCUCCAAGACCAUUGGCUUCUCCAACAACUCCUACUACCCUACCUUCCAGCACUUCUACCACAACCUCUUAUCCCCAUGUAUCUCACAACCUUCCACCACCCCCUGCCCUAAGGCCUCUCAAUGCUUCUCCAGGACUUCCAUCCCAAACAACAGAGAAACCGGGCCAGCCUGUUCCUUCGUCUUCUUGUACACUUCGAUAUCCCCCUUACCCAGGACAAUACCCACCUGGAUACCCCCAUCAGUACCCCACGCAGGGAAAGUAUGGACAACCGCAGCCCGGGUCCCCAUCCUUCUUGGGGACAAAGUGGACUCAAUUAUGGAAGGAUUGAAGGAGCUCCCCGCUACCCUCAGCCUCCACCCCAAAAUGGACAAGUGGGUGGGGGACAAAAUGUUAGUGGGGGAUUUAGUAACUCUCAUCAUGGAAGUACUCGUGCUCCCUCUCCCCAUAAUAACCACCCUCCACACCCAAUGCCUACAACGGGGGCUAUUCAGACUCCAGCAUCCCAGAGUAGUGUUUUGCACCCUCAUGGAGGGGCAACUGGUGGACAAGGUCAACCUCCUAAUCAUAAUAUGAAUAACUCUCAUCAUCCUCACAUUCUACCAAACAGGGGGCGCUCCCCAACACCACAAAAAGUAACCAGCCACCAGGGGGUGUGCCUCAACCUAGCCAUCACACACCUCAUGUUCUUCUGUCCCCCAGCUCACACCAUCAGAACAGCACUCAGAUGCAAACACCCGUGACAGGGCCUAGUGGAGGCCAAUCACCAGCGCCCAGCAAUACCUCGCAUCUUUCAUCCCAGCCCUCCACUGCGAGUGGAAAUGUAGGCUACUCCUCUCAAGCAGAGCCCCCAAAUCCUCAGUCUAAUCAUUCCCUUUAUCAGCCUCACUCAUCUGCUUCUGUCUGCCAUUACCCUCCUAAUUCUCAAGGGUAUGGUAACUACCCAUACCAAGGCUACAAAGGGGCUCCCCCUCAUCCGGCUCCACCCUAUAAAAAUGCACCCGCACCCCCACCCCCCUAUAAACCUGGAUCAUUUCCAGUUUCCACUCCUCCUCCAGCUCCCACCCAGAGCUAUAAAGACUCUUCACCUCCCGCUUCUGUCACUGCUCCUCCAGCUCCAGCUCCAGCUCCAGCUCCAGUUCCAGCUCCGCCUCCACCUCCACCUCCUGCUCCACCCCCACCAGCACCAGCUCCCGUGCAGAUAAAACAGGAGCCACCCGAGGAAUGUGAAGCAGAGGGCGAUAGCCCAGUUCCACCUCCCAGCAGUCCUUCGCCUCCACCCAAACUUGUGGACACGCCAAGUCAUGCCAGCCAGUCUGCCAGGUUUAACAAACACCUGGACCGUGGAUACAAUUCCUGCUGCCGGACAGAUCUAUACUUCGUGCCCCUGGAUGGCUCCAAACUUUCUAAGAAGAGGUCGGAGCAGAUUGAGCGUGCGCGGAGGGAGAGCGAGCAGAGGGCACGCGAAGAGCGCGAACGAGAGCGGGAGAGGGAGCGGGAACGGGAGAAACUGGACUCUCGUCCUCAUGACUGCCCCCAGCUGUGCGCGCAGCCGCCUCCCCAUCACCCUUCCUUAGCUUUGCCCUCCCCGUCCUCUGCCCCCUCACGCCCUCCUCACUUUGAGCCGCCAGGAGCCGUGGCAGCCGUGCCCCCCUACUUGGGUCCUGACACCCCGGCUCUUCGUACACUGAGUGAAUACGCUCGCCCUCAUGUACUCUCACCAGCUGGACGAGCACCCCAGCCCGGUCACCCCCCACAUCACCCUUUUUACCUACCCCUCGGAGACCCCUUGCUUGCCUACAACCUGCCUGCCGUCUUUGCCAGUGACCCAACUCGGGCAGAACGGGAGCUGCGAGAAAGGCUGAAGCCUGGAUAUGAAGUAAAGCCUGGAGAGCUGGACCCGCUUCACCCAGCGACCCUGCCUCUUCCACCGCCUCCACCGCAUCACCCCCCUCCUCCUCAACCACCGCCCUCAGCUGCCGGAGUACCUCCUCAGCACUCGCACCCACAUGCCCUCGAAAGGGAAAGGCUGGCAUUGGGGGCCGCCGUAGCAGCCCGAGGGGAACUGUCCUACGCCGAGCGCCUUGCCGCAGAACGGCAGCACGCCGAAAGAGUGGCGGCAUUGAGCGGAGAUCCCCUGACCAGGCUUCAGAUGCUGAACGUGACCCCGCACCAUCAUCAGCACUCACACAUUCACUCACACCUCCACCUGCACCAGCAGGACGCCAUCCACGCAGCUUCUGCCGCCGUUCAUCCACUAAUGGAUCCGCUCACGUCAGGGUCCCACCUCACACGGAUCCCGUAUCCGGCAGCCGCUCUGCCCAACCCGCUGAUCCCCCACCCCUUGCAUGACAGUGAUGUCCUCCGGCAGCAGAUAUUCGCCUCCCCUUACAGAGACCUCCCUUCCUCCCUGUCCGCCCCGCUCUCCGCUGCUCACCAGCUGCAGGCCAUGCACGCGCAGUCCGCUGAGCUCCAACGCCUGGCCCUGGAGCAACAACACUGGCUGCAAACCCAUCAUCCCCUGCAGGGAGUGCCCCUCCCCGGGCAGGAAGACUACUACAGUCAUCUGAAGAAAGAAACUGACAAAACCCUGUAG